AAACUCAUGAUCUUCAGUUCCUCAGAGAAGUGAAAGCAGCAACAAGGAAUCCAGUAAUUCCUGUUAUCAGCAAGCUUUACAAGUCAGCGGAGCAGGUGGCCCAGAGCCCGCUCUCCAGACACUGCUACCCUCUUUCUGAGCCCUGAAGUCAGAGGAGCCACGAUGCCUCCGCCACCGGCCUGCCUGCUGCUUCUCCUCCUCCUCUCCACCCACAGCGCCCUGGCCCUCAAGAUCUGCUCCUUCAAUGUGAGGUCCUUUGGGGAAUCCAAGAAGGCAAACUGUAAUGCCAUGGAUGUUAUUGUGAAGGUCAUCAAACGCUGUGAUAUCAUACUCCUGAUGGAAAUCAAGGACAGCAACAACAGGAUCUGUCCCACACUGAUGGAGAAGCUAAAUGGAAAUUCAAGAAGAAACAUAACAUACAACUAUGUGAUUAGCUCUCGCCUUGGAAGAAACACAUACAAAGAACAGUAUGCCUUUCUCUAUAAAGAAAAGCUAGUGUCUGUAAAACAAAGCUACCUCUACCAUGACUAUCAGGCUGGAGACGCAGAUGUAUUUUCCAGGGAACCCUUUGUGGUCUGGUUCCAGUCACCCUACACCGCUGUCAAGGACUUCGUGAUUGUCCCCCUGCACACCACCCCUGAGACAUCCGUUAAAGAGAUUGAUGAGCUGGCUGAUGUCUACACAGAUGUGAAACGUCGCUGGAAUGCAGAGAAUUUCAUUUUCCUGGGUGACUUCAAUGCUGGCUGCAGUUACGUCCCCAAGAAGGCCUGGAAGAACAUCCGUCUGAGGAUGGACUCUAAGUUCGUUUGGCUGAUCGGGGACCAAGAGGACACCACGGUCAAGAAGAGCACAAACUGUGCCUAUGACAGGAUCGUGCUUAGAGGAGAAGAGAUUGUCAACUCCGUUGUUCCUCAAUCAAAUCACAUCUUUGACUUCCAGAAAGCUUACAGGUUGUCUGAAAAGAAGGCCCUGGAUGUCAGUGACCACUUUCCGGUUGAAUUUAAACUUCAGUUUUCGAGGGCCUUCACCAACAGGAAAACAUCUGUCUCUUCAAAGAAGAAAAAAAAGGCCAGUCAUGCCUAGAUACAAGGGUGCCAUUUUAUUAACUAUUUCUUGCCUCUAAAUAAAGCAGCUCCAACAGGUAUGAACUGUUCCCUGCGCUCAGGAAACAAGACUGGCCCAAAUGCUUCCAUUUUUCAACUUGAAUCUACUUCAUCUUAAGCCAAACUGGGAAGAGUGUCUUUUAUUCUCCCUCUUGAGCUCAAACCUCCCCUGAAUGUCUAGAAAGGAAACUGGGGGCUUCACAUCCUGACCCCACCAGGUGUCACUGCUCAAAUGGCCAAGAAGCCAUACGAAAAGGAACAUCGGCUUUGUCUUGACCAUCCUGUUCCACAGGAAACAACCCUAAAGGCCAAAACACCAAGGCCUCAACAGUACCCCAUGAUUUGGGCAAUGAACUGCUUUAGGACCUGGCCCUCCUAUGUGAGGUCAGGCCACCAUCACAUCUUGCAGGGAUGCAGGGUGAGGCCAUUCCCACUGAUCUCCCUGCCUCCAAACAGUCUUCCAACUCAGCUAGCCCAGCGAUCACCAGUAUCAUCCUUUGAAAUUCCAAUCUGAUCACAGCCCAGCCCCAUCCCCACCCCAUUUUUAAAUCCUUCAGGAGCUCCUGUCACCACAUGGAGAGCGCCCAGGGUGUCUGGAUGCCCAGGAAGGUCUCUAUUCCCUGGUUUAUCAUGUCAGCCUUACCUUUGCCCACCAUGGACUGUAGCCCAGCAGGACUGCCCCUUCCCUGCAUGCCCCAAGCUCUCCCUCCUUCUGGGCUCAGCAACCCCCAUAUACCAUACUCCUACUAGAACACAGACCUCAUUGUAUGUUCACCAAGGCCACUAUUUGGGCUCUGUGGGGGCCUGGUGGGACAAAGGCCCAGCAGGCUGAGAGGGACUGGAGGAUCCUGUUUUCUUUCCGCAGCUGGACACUUGCAGAGGAGUCCAGCAGCAAGGUACCAUUUUACCAAUAUCCACGGUGACCAUUUUGGUUUUGCUUUGUCUUCCCUCAUAUUGUUUCUUUGAGUAGUACACGAGCAGGAGUAAAUCUGUAAGCAGUACCAAGAAGGGACUGUGCCCAGCCCUCCAUCUCUGGUUUCCUGUCUCAGAAGGGGCCGCUCUUACCAGCUGACGCAUUCUACCUGAGAGACUCUGCAUAAAUAAGCACCGUGUGUAAUCUUGAGAAAUAGAGCCUGGCAUACUAUAUGCGCAGUCCCACUUUUUGCUGAUUUUCCUAAUGAUAUUGAAGGCGAUGUGACUUUUGAUAUAAGAAUGAGAGACUGUAAGCCAGAUAUUUGAGACUUGGUUACAAAUGGCUGAGAGAAUAAAAUCGAAAGUGCCCUGCUUUAAA